AUGUUCAUCCUUUCGACUUUUCGUGACACAUUAACAAUAAUUCCCAAAGACUUUCGAAAAAGCAAACUCGAAGCUCUUUCCGACGAAAUAAACAAGAAGUUCGCGAAUAAGGUACUACUAUCUAAGAAUGCUUCCUAUUGUAGAAACCCGACAAUACAACACGACAGUAACCAACUCAAAAAGGUUGUUCAUGAUGUAGGACUAUGCGUGUGCUUGCACGACAUAAUUGAUACCAGCGAAGAGUUUGUUCAUUAUGGUGAUGGUUCAAGCUACGUCAAGGCAAUUUCCCAAGUGAAAUUUCGAAUGAUAGUUUUUCGCCCAUUUAUUGGCGAGCUUCUAGUUGGGAAAAUAAAAACUUGUACUCCUGAAGGUGUUCGAGUAUCGAUAGAUUUUUUCGACGACAUCCAUAUUCCCUCCACGCUGCUGAAACAUCAAUCGGUCUUUGAUCAAAGUGAACAAGCGUGGGUGUGGCAUUAUGAACCCGGCCUGUUAUUGUGGAUGGAAGUUGAUGACCUCGUUCGCUUCCGUGUUGUCAGCGAAGCAUUUACUGACAUUACACCAAUGAGUGCACCUAGAUCUCGUGGUGGCUUACUAGAUACGAAUCUAGCCGGAAAUUCGGCCCAGAUACCGCCAUAUCAGCUGAGAUGCAGUAUACAAGAAGAUGGAUUGGGUCCCCUCGCUUGGUGGCAAGAUCAAUAA